AUGGCAGGCGGUCGACGAACAAUAACGAUGAUGCGUCUAGGCAGGUGUGUCGCCUUCCUCGCCGCUGCCGCCUUCCUAUUGCCGUUCACCAUCCUUCUCAUGGUAGCAGACCAGCAAUAUAACCUCACCUACAGUUCUAAGAGAGUAUUCUACCAAGAGAGUGACUUCUAUAAAAUUAAUGGAACGUAUUACGCGCCAGCGUUCACGAUAACAACACCUACUAUGUUAAAGACACAGUAUAUUUACGAGAACAGCACACACGAUGAUGGUUUGCUGUCUCGAGAAAAAUUCAUGGAGGUCAACGCGAGAAUGGAAGCCAGAAGAGCAUAUCUGAGAGCGGAAUGUUCUAAUUUGGGCCUAGGUGGUUCCGGUCAAAAGGCCAACGCGUGGGAAUAUCUAAUUAAUAGGCAGUACCAUGUUAUAUGGUGCAACGUAUUCAAAGCAGCGUCUACAUCAUGGAUGUAUAACUUUAACUUAAUGGCAAACUAUACAGCAGCAUUCUUAGACAAAACCAAAGAAGUUCCUUUAGAAUUGGCUAGGAAGAAGUACGCGCGGCCUACAACAGAAAUGAUCAGAAAGGCACAAGCAGAUUCCAUUACUUUCCUGAUAGUCAGACACCCUUUGGAAAGAUUGGCUUCAGCAUACAACGAUAAAAUUGUACAUGCGUGGCCUAAAUCGUUCCACGACAAAAUGGGACAAAGGAUUGUGAACAAGUAUAGGAAGAAAAAUGGCAGUCAUCCGGUUCCAACAGAAAGGUAUCCAGUAUUUGAAGAGUUCGUCUCUUAUGUGCUAGACGAAGCUAAAGGGAAAAGGACACUGGAUAUGCACUGGACUCCUUACAGCAGUUUUUGUACACCGUGCAAGUUCCAUUUUGAUGUCAUUCUCAAAUUUGAGACGUUGGAUGAGGAUCAGCAAUAUUUGAUCCAGUUAGCUGGACUGCAAGAUAUCGUAAAACCAGAGUGGCGCAACAGUGGAAAGGGGCCCAACACGCGUAACAACAUCAGUCAUCUUUAUUCGCGCUUGAAGAAAAGCCAACUUGAUGGCCUUUACCAGCUUUAUAGAAAUGAUUUCCAAUUGUUCAACUACACCAUAGAUAAUUACUACAUCAUAAUACCAGACCAGACGAGCAAUGACGGAUGA